AUGGUAUUGUCUCCAAACGGCAAGAUUGUCGUCAAACGAAGGGAUGAGAAAGUGAGGUUGUGGGACGUCGAGAUGGGAAAGAUCGUCGCAGAAUGGGAGGGGCACAUUGGGGAUGUGUUCUCAGUGUGCUGGAGUGCGAAUGGUAAUCGAAUAGUAGGCGGAUCCUUAAACAGGACGGUCGGAGUGUGGAAUGCCAAGAGCGGAAAAACAAUCCUGAAAAUCAAGACCGGGCACAAGGUGUGGGCGUUUGGAGCUUCGCCUGGACAUCGGACGGAAAGAGACUUCGAGUUUGAAACCGUACUUAUCACCAGCUCAUCUUGCCUAAUUAGGAUAUUCGACACAGCCACUUGGCAGCAGAUCGCUAUUCUAGAAGGUCAUGAAGCCUUCAUCAACGCCAUCACCUUAUCUCCAAACAACCGCUUCCUCGCAAGUGCAUCAGAUGACAGAACAUCGUAUCUCUGGAAUCUAGACACCAACCUCCCAAUCGGUCCACCCCUCCAGCAUGAAGAUCAGGUGGAAUGCGCAGCCUUGUCCGCUGAUGGAAAAGUCCUAGUCACCGGUUGUGUGGAUAAUAAUGUGUGCUUGUGGGACGUUCACGCCAUUCUCAAACAAGCUGGCCUUGAAGACCUACUGCCCACUGAUACCAGUAUUGCACCAAAAGACCAGCCAUCAUUUUUGAAGGCUGAUGCCACGCGAUGUCACGAUGAGUUUGGCGGUGUCGAUGAACGUUCACCACGGUUUUUCGACGGCAUGGAAACCUACGAUGAUUCUUCCCCAACGGGUGGUGCUCACCCUCAUUCCUCUGCAAGUGCCCUCCUCGCUCGCCUCGCCUCGCUCCCCCGCCGCUUUCGACUUAACAACGCUGAAGCGACUGGACUUCCGCAACCCCCAAUGCCUUCGACGUUACAUCCGCGUGUGCUCCUGGGCCACCUGUCCUCACUCUUCCACCGCUCUCCGCUCGAAAAUGAUGGAGCAAACGAACCUCAGCCACCCUCCACACCUUCGGGUUUAGAUCUACAUGCGCUCCUUGCUCGCCUGUCCUCGCUUUUGCCUCGAUCUCGACUCAGCACCGACGAGGAAAGCGAGUCUCAUCCCCCAACCCCUUCGGGUUCACGUCCAGAUGCGCUCAUGGAUCUCCUGUCCUCACUCUUCCGCUCUCAACCUCGCACCAGCGAAGAAAUCGAGCUCUCGCAACGCACAAUGCAUCCUCAUGUUGUUGAAGUACCUGCAAUGCGGGACAGGGAGGUCUUGUUUGUUGCUGAGCCGCGGCCACAGAAUCGUUUACACACUCAGCCUAAUGGUACUACCACCCCAGGUGGAAGGCCUGCGUAUCCACUACCCGUCCGACUGUUGGCUCAUCUCGUGCUUUUUCUCUGCUGCGCGUCUCCUCAACGCCCUGAUAGCAAUGCACCCUCAACACAGCAGCAGCAAGGUCAAUCGCAAGGUCCAGUCCAGACCCAGGGUCCGUCACCGCAAAUCCAGGGUCCGUCACCGCAAACCCAGGGUCCGUCACCGCAGACUCAGCCUGCCGUCCCGUUGGCGUCGACGUCCGCGGUACCUACUGCUCCUGAUACUCGUACUACGCCGACACGUGCAGCAACCAUGUAG